GCUCGCCUUCAUCACAGCCACUAAGCAACCGCCAAACUAGUAAGGCGGUGAGCACUACGUGCAAGUCAUCCUGACUAUAUCGUUUUUAAUGCCUGUAUGGGCUGUACUGUUGUGUGUAAUUAGCCAGCAGUUACACGAGCAGUCAAGGAAAGAUAGAAAGCACCUGCUCGCGCUCACAUUUCAUCGCACCAGAUACUGUUUAGCAACUUGUGAGCUAGCUUCCCGAAAACCACAUGGAUCCCCAAAACAUCGACAUGAAAACUGAGGCGAAGAUGUUGUUGAACCACGCCAAGACUCUCAGGCUCCACACCGGGAAUUUAGUCAACCGGAGUCGCCUGAAAAAGAAAUGUCCAUGCUCUCCCAGCGAGGAGCUUCAAGACUGCAUUCAAGCCACACUGAGCGACUGGUUUUCCAUGACAAAGCCGCCAUCCACGGACUUUCCAGAUACGCUGGACUGCUCCAUUCCCCAGGAAACAGACGCCAUCACACCUGAGGAGAGGGAGGAGGUGAAGGUUUCAGUCAAGCUGUUCCUGUGUGAGUCGGUCCAGUCCUCAAUCAGAGAUGCAGUGGAGAUGGCCUGCCAGACUCUGGCAGUGUCCCAGCUUGACUCUGUUAUCAUAGCGCCACCUGGACUCCAGGAGGGUGACAGCCAAACUUUAGCUCACCUUCAGCCAGCCUGGGAGGAGCUGGAGACCCUGGUCAGGAGCCAGCAGAUUGCUGCCAUUGGCACCUCUGACCUGGAUAAAGAUCUGCUGGAGCAGCUCUACAACUGGGCGCAGGUGAAGCCCAGCAGUAACCAGGUCAACCUGGCCUCCUGCUGCGUGAUGCCCCCUGACCUGACAGCGUUUGCUAAGGAGUUUGACAUCCAGCUGCUCACACACAAUGAUCCCAAAGAGCUGAUGUCAGCGGCCACCUUCCAGGAGGCGGUGCAGGAGGGGACACAAGACCUGAACAUCGCUGACUGGAGGCUUGAGUGGGUCCUGCGCUACUCUAUUAUCGUCAAGAGCAGGGGCAUUAUCAAGUCGAAGGGCUACCUUGUCAGUGCUAGGAAGGCGAGCCCCUAGCACAUCCCACCAGAGAAGAGGACACAGGGAUGAAGCCAUUUUCCUCCUUUUUCAUUCACAUACGCACACACACACACACACACACACACACAUAACAUACAAAGUAACAGCUUUGAAUACUGGAUGCUGCCAAUCAGAAUGAGUCUCGAAGUCAUUGUUUCAUCUCACAGAAAAGGUUGCAUCUUCUUUAUCUAUGAUUUGUUCAGUUUAACAGAUGCAGGUAUUCAUUAUCGUCUCAGUCUCAGUGAGAUAAAAAAUAGAAGAUGAACAUACAAGAUCAACACCAGUGUCAGUUUUGAGAGAAGAGACUGUGAAACUAGGAGUGAGUUUUACAAAAUGUGACUCCCACCGUGACCAGUACACUGAUAGAUCAGCCAUUUAUCAACACAGUAGAGGCUGCUUUAAUGAUUGAAAAUGUAGGUUGCUAAACUUUGAUCCAAGUUGAAGAUUCCUCAGCCGUGUUCUGAAGUGAAGUGCCUCCUCGCUCCUUCUAUCCUGAUACCUGCUUUAUCUCCACUAUGUUUGUGUGAAUCAAGCUUUAAAUAUACAAGUUUGAAUGAAAAGACUGUGAUAGGUAGAAAUCUCUUGUUUUUAGUACCAAUAAUUCCAAACACCUGUUGUGAAAACAGUCUGAUAUCAUUCAUGCAGUUUUGAUUGCUUGUGCCGUAUAUAACACCAUUUGCAUUCCACAUUUGAGAAAAACAAUGCACUAAUUCAAACCCAGCUAAAAAGUGAUAGGAGAUGUUUAUUUUAUGAUGCAGAUUGAAUUAGACUUUAACUGGUAAAACAGACAACUAUGUGAGUAUAUAUAUAUAUAUAUAUAUAUAUAUAACUUUAUUUUAUCAUGCUUUUUUCUAACCAUGCACUGUUUUGGGCAAUGCAUUGGAAUGUUUACCCCCCCCCUUAUGCUCAUGAGAUUAUUUUGAGGGUUGAGAGUAGAGCAAUAUUUUGAGAUCGACAUAAAUAGCAGGCUGGUGUCAUUUGUAUGUGUUGUUAUUAUAGCACUGGAAAGUUUAUGUCAAGGAAAUGAGAGGAACUUUGAGGAAGAAGUUUUUAUUUAUGAAUAACACUUGUUUUUCCAGACAGGGUCCAGUAAAUCUCAUGAAGACAAAUUCUCUGUUGUACUGUAAACAUAUUUAAUGUUGUCAUAUAAUUGUAUAUCAUGAAUUGGCUUUAUUAAAAUGAUGAAAUACAUGUCA